UCUUCCCAGAUAAAGUGAUCUCUGAGUCUUCAUCAGUCAGCGAGGCGACACAACCAACUCCCUCUCCUUCCCCUCAGUCUCUCUACACUCCAGAUCUUCACCAGUGUAAUAUUUCCUUCCCUGGACCAUGGCUCCGACGCUGGCAACGGCGUUCGCCCGCCGCUGGUGGAUGGCGGUGACCGCUAUCGUUGAGAAUCUCCUCUUCUCGGCCGUGCUUCUGGGAUGGGGAUCGCUCCUCAUUAUGCUCAAAUCCGAGGGCUUCUACUCGUACCUUUGCAGCGACGAGGGCAACAGCUCCAGCUACAACUUGUCCCUGACGACGACCGAAGCUCCUGACGACUACGCUGACUAUUAUGAAGAUAUCGACGGGGUGCUGGUGGCCCUGGGAGACGGGGUGGAGAUGAAGCCCCUUGCCCCCGCCGAUGGCCAACUGAGAAUGAACGGCUGGCUAAUCUGUAAAGAGCAGGAUGAGAUGCUGAACCUGGCCUUCACUGUGGGCUCUUUCCUCCUGUCAGCCAUCACGUUACCAAUGGGAAUUGUCAUGGACAAAUACGGACCUCGCAAACUCCGACUUUUGGGAAGUACAUGCUUUGGCUUGUCCUGUCUGCUCAUUGCAUACGGAGCAUACCAACCAAACGAACUUUCUGUCCUUAUCUUUAUUGCCCUGACUUUCAACGGCUUCGGGGGCAUGUGCAUGACCUUCACCUCCCUGACGUUGCCCAAUAUGUUCGGUGACCUGCGUUCCACCUUCAUCGCCCUGAUGAUUGGCUCUUAUGCAUCCUCCGCUGUCACCUUCCCUGGUGUGAAGGUGAUUUACGACUUUGGAGUACCUUUCAUCACUAUUCUGGUCGUAUGGGCCGCGUGUGCUGGACUGGUGUUCGUCAACUGCUUCCUCAACUGGCCAUUAGAACCCUUCCCAGGACCAGAGGACAUGGACUACACGGUUAAGAUCAAGUUCAGCUGGCUGGGCUUUGACCACAAAAUCACAGGCAAACAGUUCUAUCACCAAGUGACCACAGUGGGCCGUCGUCUCAGCGUGGGUAACAGUCUAGUGCAAAAGGAUCUGCCUAUCAAGGAAGGCCACAAGCUCUGUCUCUCCACCACGGACCUAGAGUUGGAGAGCAAGUCCAAGGAGGAGUCCCAGUCAUUCCUGAAAACUAUCAUCAGCCCCAUCUUCCUGCUCAGUCUGGUGACCAUGUCAGUCACUCAGCUCCGUCUUUUGUUCUACAUGGGGGCCAUGAACAGUGUCCUCGAGGCACUCAGUGAUGGGGACCUCAACACAGUGGAAAGAAUGGAAGUUGUAAGUUUGUACUCCUCCAUCUUUGGCGUGCUGCAGCUCCUCUGCCUUAUGACUACUCCUGUGAUCGGCCAAAUUAUGGACUGGAAGUUGAAGGAGUGCGAGGACAAAGAUGAAUCAAAGGACACCUGUAGCAAGGACAUGACAAAAACAAAGCCAAGAGACAAAAAGAUCCAGAAGGUGACCAACGCCCUACGAGCAUUUGUACUAACGAAUCUUCUUCUGGUGGGCUUUGGGAUCACUUGCCUGAUACCUAACCUUCCCCUGCAGAUUGUUUCAUUCAUCUUGCACACAGUGGUGAGAGGAUUCAUUCACUCAGCCGUGGGUGGCCUUUACGCUGCUGUGUACCCUUCCUCGCAGUUUGGCAGUCUAACAGGCAUGCAGUCACUAGUCAGUGCUGUCUUUGCUCUGCUGCAGCAGCCACUCUUUUUGGCUAUGAUGGGACCCCUGGAGGGAGACCCAUUCUGGGUCAACAUCGGCCUGUUCGCUGUCAGCAUGCUGGGCUUCCUGCUGCCGCUGUACCUCAUCUGCUACAGACAGACACUCCAUAAAGAGCGGCACAAGAAGGACAACAACGCCAAGAUCUACAUCAAAAUCAACGGCUCAGACAUCCCAGAGGCCUUUGUUUAGCUAAAGUAGGCAUCAGGGCAAAGACACCACGAAGGACGAUUGAUACCGGAUGAAAGACAACUGAACGGUGUCAUGCAGGCAGUGGCGUGCAAAAGGACAAAUCCUGUUAAAAUACUAUAUUUAUAAAAUUAUAUGAGCAUAUGUCAUCAUAUUUGUGGAAGUCUACCACACAUCUGUGAAAUAGUGAGAAGAGGAAGAGGAAGAGGAAAAGACUGUGAAAGGAAAGAGGCAUCCACACUCUGUAUUCCCCCAAAAUCCUCUACUUUAUUUUAUUCCUUUACAGUAUUUCACGUAACUGGUUGUUUUGACCAGUAGAACGGAAUAGUAUUCUUCUUAGAGAUGGAUUUCACAAUUAUUUUGUUAAUUAGACAUGUUUCUUUUCAAAUACCACAGUAUUUUGUCGAUGUUAAAAUGCUGUUCAUUAAUGUAGGGACCAAGUUUUCGCACAUUUAAGUGGCUUACAUUGUUUUUAAGUAUGCACUACAGCAUUUGCUGUACUGUAUGUUAGAGCCUUUAAGGUUUUACUGUCUUAUGUACAAGGGACAUCACAUAAACUGCAGUAUUUGUAUUGCUAAAAGCAAAGUAUCCAUUUGAAUAUUUAUUUUUGUGACAUUCUGUCUUUAGGAUUUUAAGUUUACCAAAUGUGCCUUUUGAGUCUUUAUAUAAAAAAUUGUUUUGAAACAUACAGACAAUCACAUUAAUUUCUACUGGGGGUUUCUAUUUUCAUAUUUAGUAUAUUAUGUCUCAAUUUCACUAAGAGAUGCAGCACUUGUUUUUAACAAAAAAAUUUCCCCAAACGCACACAAAAAUUUAUUUUCUAUUGACAAGUUGCCAGGUUUUAACUACCUCAACUAGCAGGUUAUGUAUUGUUGCUAUUGGUUUGUCCGUCAGUUAGAAAGUUAGUUAGCAAAAUAAUUCAUAAAGUUCUACAUUCAGGAAAUGUCCGAAAUAGGAUAAAGAACAACUCAUCACCUUUUGGGGUUGAUCCGGAUCAUUUCUACUACACUACAUUAUGUGUACGUUACAAGCUUCAACUUCUGUGUGUGUGUAUGCUCCCAGCCUUGCCCCCACCAACAACAGACAAAGACUAUGUUUACACUGCAGGCCAAAGUGGAUUUUUUGUAACUCUGAUUUUUGUCCAGCGGAAAGUUUAGAUUAAAAGUAAUAUGGGAUCUUUAUCAGACUCCAGUAUAAACGCUCACAGGCCCCAAUUUGGCCCCAAUGUGGCCUCGACGUCAAUUGCAUGUACAGUUCGAUAAAGUUAAAAGAAGACGAAGUUGACUUGAUUCCGUAAAUGAACAAGAAAGUUGC